GAAUAAACAUCAGUACAUUUUCCGAAGCAUGGAGUCGGAAUUUAAAUAAGCUAUGGAAACUUAAAGACAUGUAAUUAUCUUGGACGAAGCAUAUUUACACAUUUAUAGAGUAUUGCUUUUCAUCAACCUGCGAAGCAAAAUGUGCACAUCAAAUUGUAACACAAUAGAUAGUAGUAUUAUAGAUAGUACAAACUAAAGAGUAAGAAAGUAACAGUAUAGUUAUAUAUAGGGAAAAAGUAGACGGCAGUAACGUAUAACACAUGACAUUGGCCAGAUGUCAGGACUUCAUGUAAAUCCCCAUAGUACAUAGCGCGUACAACUCUCACCCCUUUGCCCUCCUCUUGGUCGCCAAAAAGUGGGUUGUUUCUUACUGAAGGAUCGCCAAAUACUGUCGUUCUUCCUUAUGGAUAUCUCUGACAUCGCGACUGCGAAGUACUAAUCCGUGAUUACUUUGUAGCAGGCUUUUCUUUUCGGUGAUGAAUGUCGAGCCAGUCCCCUACACGGUUGCUAUAUGCGCGUUGCUGAUUGGCUCCAUCAGUUGUGAAGGACAUGGCGACGGGACUGGUUUCGUGCCUGGCAACUGUUCUGACAUACAGCUAAAGUUCACUCUCCUGAGCAGACCCCCCUAUGUCAACAUCCAGAUGCUUGAGCUCAUCAAUGAAGAGCUAGUCAACAGGCUGUACGAUCCGGAAUAUUUCCCUCCUGAUGACCAAUGUGUGGUGGUCUCUUCUCCUCCUGAGGUCACAACGCUAAGUAACGAGAGCUCCGUCUUCAAGCAUGCGCUCACAAACUCUUCAGAUUUCCUUUUCCCGGUAACGGCUAAGAAAGGUGUUACUACUGUGUCGAACAAGCCCUUCCUGGCCUUACUGGACCACCCCGGGGCCGUGCUGCUUACCAUGCCACAGAAACAUAACCAAGUCCAGAUCUGCCUGGGCACAAUCAUGAGCUCCUGGCCGCUUCUUGCCCUGUCAAUCAUUUGUACUGGAAUUUCCGGCAUCAUUAUUUGGAUAUGUGAAACCUAUGGCAACUGCGAAGAAUUUCCAAGGAAUUUCACUAAAGGAUCCUGGGAAGGUUUUUGGUGGGCGUUCGUUUCAAUGACAACAGUUGGCUACGGUGAUAAGUGCCCCCGUACCAUUGCCGGACGCUGUUUUUCUGUCGUGUGGAUAUUUGUUGGUCUCGUCAUAGUCGCCGUCUUUAUGGCGAACAUCACAACAGCUCUAACCUCCAUUUCUGUCCAUCGCAACUAUAACCUGGCCGACAUGGAGCUUGCGGUUUUCGAGAAUAGUACGGAAGAUACCGUAGCGGGUGAAAGAGGCGCUACAACAAAAGGCUUUGACUCGUUUCCCAAUAUGCUAAGCGCGCUUCAAAGCAAAGCCGUGGACGGCAUCCUUGUGGACCGGUACACUGCUAGUUUUUACGUCAAGCGAUACCUGGAGGGCGGAGGGUUACAAAACCUAACUGCAGCUAAGGUCCCUCAUAUUACUGGAUUCGAGAUCGGGCUGCUGAUUGGCUCUGAAAGAGUUCAACAAAGGGCAAAGGCAUGUGACGUCACGCGUGAUGGCGAGUUUGUCCCGAACGAGUGGUACGAGCUCAAGAAGAAGGUGCUAGAAUAUGCACAGAAGGAUAUAGCAUCCCUGAAGCAGAUCAUCCCGAGUGAUCCAGCCACCUUCAACCUGUUCAUCGAUUCGAAGCAGACCAUGAAUCACCUGCUGUACGUGUCUGUUGGCGUGCUCGCGGGGAUGUGCGUCAUCGGCUUCAUCUUCGAUUUGGUGAUGAAGAGGAAGGCCGUAGAGAAACAGUCUAUAGAAAAACCCUCGUCUUAUUCUAACCCCGUGACAAAAAGCUCCCAGGAACGGCUGAUUGUCGAGCUUGAAGAAGGACGAAUGAUUUUACGGAAUCUCCAGUCUCAUUUCGACAAACUCGAGAUUAUCUUCAAAAGCACAGAAGCAGCCGAGUUCUGAGUUUUGACUCCGAAGUCUAAUGUCUUCUUAGUGUUGAAUAAAGCACGUUUCGCUACUUCAACUGGAUGUUACACAGCGCGUCGUUUGAAAGGUCACAAGCUCGUAGGGACAGAGCUCGCUGUAGGAGCGAAACCAAGGCAAAUACAUCCAACAGAAGGAGGGAUACGUGCUUAUUCAACACUAACAAGAUAUAAGACUUCAUUUCGGAGUCAAACUAUCCUAUAGCCCGUGAUUAAAUACAAUAACAAUUACAGGCUGUUAUCGCUAGUUUUAGCAUCAGAUUUCUACCUGAAUACUCCAACAUGUUUUUGUUGUAAAUACAUCAUGUAAAUACGUCUGGAUUUACGGUUGCUUAAUCUUAGUGGCUAGCUGAGAGCGGUAGUCGCUCAAGGUCUUGCUUAAUGUCCCG